AUGAGCACGUACCUCGUCUGUCUGCCCAACGGCGCCACCCGUAGCCUGUGGGUGGAUUACGAGGCGCUAUGUGAGUCGGUUGGUAGCCGAGAGGCGCUGUGCCUCCACUCAUGCGCUCAAGGAGACCCCUGCCGUCGGAGCGUUCCGUGCCUCUCUAGCUACAUAUUUCCGUCGCUGAUCGAGCAGAACUUCGGGAUUGGCAGGGAGUCGAGCCGUCUAUCGAUACGCGGGGGAAUAAGAACGAAGGUUGCAGUCGACCCUCACGCCACUAUUGACCCGUCGGGGAUAACAGUGCCGGGCCCCUCUUCCCAAGCGGAAUCCGAUUGUCGCGGUGAUUACACACAAAACAGCUAUGACACCGAAUUAUGCACUGGUUCCGCCCACCAACUGCUCAAGGACGACGUGGUGAUAAGCGUGUCAUGCAGGCUACUCGGGGGUAAGGGAGGGUUCGGCGCCCUGCUGAAGGCCAAGGGCAACCGCAAGAAGCAGAGCUCCAACGUCGACUCGUGUAGAACUCUUACUGGCGAACGCAUCAGGCACACGCGGCUGAACGAGCUUGCCCAGAGGCAGCGGGAGAGCACGGUGGAUCCCGGCGUUGCGCGGUUGCCGCUGCCAAAGGAAGCACCCGAGCCGGCAGUGGACGCUUCAACGCAAGCAACCCACCUCAAGCACGUGAAGAAGGUGCGCAAGGAGUCCAAGCGGGUGAAGAGCACGGUAGUGAAGGGGCUUACUAACUCGACGUCGGUUGAGGGGCAGACGCAAACGGACGCGGAGCGGCAGCAGUUGGUGGAGCGGGCGCUGAAUCAGUGCAUGGACGUAUAUGAUCUCGCCUAG